AUAAAUAUCCAUACAUCGAGGACUAUCACCAUACAGUUCUGAACUUCAGUGAACAACAAUGAACAAUUUCGUAUACCUCGCAACUUUAGCUCUUGUACUGACGUCCUUUGUCAGUGUACAAGGGUAUGCUUUAAGUUCACGUUACCAAGUACAGUCAGAUGAAGUUGCAGCUGAAAUCGAACAACCAGAACUUGCAGUUGAUGGAGAACAUCCAGAACUUCCCUCAGGAGUCGAACAGCCCGAAAUCCCUGCUGAAGCCGAACAACCAGAACAUCCUGUAGCUGGAGAACAUCCAGAACUUCCUGAGGGAGCUGAACACCCAGAACUCCCAUCUGAAGUGGAACAGCCCGAACUUCCAAUUGGUGGAGAACAUCCUGAACAUCCUGAGGGAGCUGAACACCCAGAACUCCCAUCUGAAGUGGAACAGCCCGAACUUCCAAUUGGUGGAGAACAUCCUGAACUUCCUGAGGGAGCUGAACAACCAGAACUCCCUUCUGAAGUGGAACAACCAGAACUACCAGUUGGUGGAGAACAUCCAGAACUUCCCUCAGGAGUCGAACAACCUGAAAUUCCUGCUGAAGCCGAACAACCAGAACUUCCAGUUGGUGGAGAACAUCCAGAACUUCCCUCAGGAGUCGAACAACCUGAAAUUCCUGCUGAAGCCGAACAACCAGAACUUCCAGUUGGUGGAGAACAUCCAGAACUUCCCUCAGGAGUUGAGCAACCAGAAAUUCCCUCUGAAGUCGAACAACCACAAGGUUCAGUUGUUGGAGAACAUCCAGAACUUCCCUCAGGAGUCGUUGAACCAGAAAUUCCCUCCGAAGCCGAGCAGCCAGAACUUCCCUCUGGAGUCGAAGAGCCACAAUUCCCAUCUGGAGCCCAACAACCAGAACGUCCAGCUGGAGGAAAACAACCACCUGUUGAAGCAGUACACCCAGUGAUGCCUCUGGAAAUAGUACCAGUAGAGGUAGAAGAACAGUGAAAGUCGAAUAACUCGCACACUGAUUUGUAAAAAACAAAACAUUUCAGAGUUAUCUGAAGAACAAAUCUAGUUGUGACUAUAAAUUAUGUUAAUUAGAGCUUAUGAGAGAAUAAAUCAUUGAUUUCAUCCAUAUUGA